AUGAACAUGCACGUGGACUAUGAAGUCAUCACUGAGAAUAAUUUCACUGCACAACCAAACAAUACUCAGGCAGUCGUCUCUGACUGUCUGGAGGCUUCAGAUAAUUAUUAUAUUAUCAGCCUCAUCCUCUCCAGCCUCUACACCAUAUUCCUGUUUCCUGUCGGCCUCAUUGGGAAUAUCCUUAUUGUAGUGGUCAACCUGAACCACAGGGUCCACAUGACGGCUCCUGACCUCUACUUUGUGAACCUGGCCAUGGCCGACCUCUUUCUGGUGGCCGACUCUCUGAUUGAGGUGUUCAAUCUUAAGAAGGGUUACUACAACAAAGCCGGCCUAUGUACCUUCAUGAACCUCUUCCAACAGGCCAACAUGUACAGCAGCGUCUUCUUCUUGACCUGGAUGAGCUUUGACCGGUUUGUCGCACUGACCAGCUCCAUCGGUCGAAGCAUCCCACGUGCGCGCCUCAGCUGCUGCCUCAUCUGGGUGUCUUCAUCCUUGCUCACCCUGCUGCCUUUCGCUGUAGCUCAAGUGCAACAUGCUGGAGAGCUCCAUUUCUGCUUUGCCAAUGUGACUCAGAUUCAGUGGCUGGAAGUGAUGCUGGGAUUCUUGCUGCCAUUCUGCAUCCUGGGAGUGUGCUACUGGAGAAUAGCACGGGUGCUUAAACGCAGCCAGCGAGAACUAAACAGCCCUCUGCACAGGCCUCGCAGGCAGAAAGCCCUGAGACUGAUCUCAGCUGCUGUGGUCGUCUUCUUCCUCUGCUGGCUUCCAGAGAACAUGUUUAUAAGCGUCCACCUCCUGAGAGGUGACACUGACGGUGGCACGCUUUGGCAGGACUACCCCUUGACGGGCCAUGCUGUCAGGCUGGCAGCCUUUUCCAACAGCUGCCUGAAUCCGCUCAUCUAUGGCUUCCUCGGGGAGGCCUUUAGGAAAAAGAUGAGGCUUUUUCUCCAGGAUAAGAGCAGAUGCUCCAAGCUGCACAGGACACCCUCGGGAAAAUCCAUCAAUGAACCUGCAGCGAGGACCUGCCUCCAUGCAACGUGUGACAGUACAAGCAACUCCUCACAUUUAAAUUGUAACAUCCCCCCACCAACUGAUGUACCCCCUCUCAAAUAA